CUAGCAGUUAAUUUUGGUCAACCAAAUGGCAUGUUUGUAUCCUCACCUGGAAACAGCCUGAAAGAGCAGGAUAAGCUUGGUAUCGUGUUAAACAUGAAGGGCUAGCCAAGUGGAGUUGGUGGAGUGAGUUAUGUCCAAGUAUGAAAACCAGAUUACUAUUUUCACUGACUACCUAGAAGAAUUCCCGGAUACAGACGAGCUGGUAUGGAUCUUGGGAAAGCAGCAUCUUCUUAAGACAGAAAAAUCUAAGCUGUUGUCUGAUAUAAGUGCUCGUCUAUGGUUUACAUACAGAAGGAAAUUUUCACCGAUUGGGGGAACAGGUCCUUCAUCUGAUGCUGGCUGGGGAUGUAUGCUAUGCUGUGGACAGAUGAUGCUGGCCCAAGCCCUUAUCUGUAGACACUUGGGAAGGGAUUGGAACUGGGAGAAACAAAAAGAACAGCCCAAAGAAUACCAAAGGAUUCUGCAGUGUUUCCUAGAUAGAAAAGACUGUUGCUAUUCGAUCCAUCAGAUGGCACAAAUGGGUGUAGGAGAAGGGAAAUCAAUUGGCGAAUGGUUUGGACCAAAUACAGUUGCACAGGUGUUAAAAAAACUCGCUUUAUUUGACGAAUGGAAUUCCUUGGCUGUUUAUGUGUCAAUGGAUAACACAGUGGUCAUUGAAGACAUCAAGAAGAUGUGCUGUGUUCUUCCUGUGGGAGCCAACACAGCUGAUGAGAGCCCUCCUGCUUCUCUGACGGCCUCCAAUCAGAGUAAAGGCCCCUCUACCAUGUGCCCAGCUUGGAAACCCCUGCUGCUCAUUGUGCCCCUUCGCCUGGGCAUAAAUCAAAUCAAUCCUGUGUAUAUUGAAGCAUUCAAAGAGUGUUUUAAGAUGCCACAGUCUUUAGGGGCUUUAGGAGGAAAGCCAAAUAACGCCUAUUAUUUCAUAGGAUUCUUGGGCGAUGAGCUGAUUUUCUUGGACCCUCACACAACCCAGACCUUUGUGGACACUGAAGAAAGUGGAAUUGUAGACGAUCAGACGUUCCAUUGCCUGCAGUCUCCACAGCGAAUGAGCAUCCUGAACUUGGAUCCUUCUGUGGCCUUGGGAUUUUUCUGCAAAGAAGAGAAAGACUUUGACAAUUGGUGUAGCCUUGUUCAGAAGGAAAUUCUAAAGGAGAAUUUGAGGAUGUUUGAAUUAGUUCAGAAGCAUCCAUCACAUUGGCCUCCCUUUGUACCUCCAGCCAAGCCGGAAGUGACAACCACAGGUGCAGAAUUCAUAGACUCUACUGAGCACCUGGAGGACUUUGACCUGGAGGAAGAUUUUGAGAUUCUGAGUGUGUAAGAUAGCGAGAACUCAAUGUGAAGGUCUUCUGCCUUUCAUCUGACUCCACAAGAACUUGAUACAUAAAACUUUUUUGGUCAACAAGUGCCUGAUAUGCCAACAGCAUACAAACUCAAUACCAAUUAUAACUGAGCCAAUUAU